AUGUUAAUUGUUUUUGAUGAUCCUCUAUCCACCACCACCGUGUUUGAUUCAUGUUCUAAUAAAGAUAAACAACAUCAACAAGAAGUUUUUGCAUCAGCAUCUGUGUCCAGUUCCUCAAACCAGCAGGAUCACGUCCAUUCUUAUGUUGCACACCAUUCGCAAUCCUCGAAAUUCCGGAAUUUGAACCAACAAGAGGGAACAGAAAUACAAGCAAUAUUUUUCAAUGAUGUUGUUGAUAACUUAUGUGAUACAUUGAAUGCUGGAAAAACUUAUUUUAUUUCUGAUGCAAUCGUAAAAAAAGUGAAUCCAAAUUUUAAAAAUGUCAACAAAGAACAUGAACUAACUCUCAAUGCCAAUUCAAAAAUUGAAGAAGUUGAAGAUUGCUUAGAUGUAGAAAAAUCAAAGUAUAAUUUUACUAAACUCAAUGGAUUGAAAUGGGAUGCUGACACAUGCAAAAGGAAUGAAUUAUUAGAUGUUAUUGGAAUACUUGUACAAGUUCAAAAUGCAUUCACCAUAACAACAAUAUUUAAUGUCAAAAAAAAUAAAAGAGAAAUAAAAAUAAUGGACAAAGAGUCUACUCCGAUAUUGCUGACAUUAUGGGAAAAUUAUGCAACAAAUGAAGGGAGCAAAUUGCUGGACAUUGUAUCACAAAAUGCUAUAAUUGCUUUUUCAGCAGUUUCUCAAGUAGAGUACCAAGGUGGCUCACUUGGUACAACAGGAUUUACAUCAAUUGAAAUAAAUCCAACGAUUCCAGAAGCAGAAGAUUUAAAGCAAUGGUAA